AUGGCCAUUCGCGUCUACCACUCGGCACGACACGAUAGGCCUUGUUCCCACUUGUUCCACUGGGAAUUUGGCGUUCGCAUCGUCCUCCCGGCCAUGCAUAACACAAUCCGGCCGUCCUUCUGGUGGCCAAGGGAGACGGCGAAAUGGAGGCCUCAAGCCGGCCUACCGAAAGAGACAAGGGAGGCCGGUCUUAUGGCCUCGAGCAUUGGGUGUCUUCGGUCUGUCGCUAGGAUCGUCAGUCUCGAAGGCGAGUGA